CAAAUUGAGACCUGCGACAGGAGCAAAGGCCAGCCAGAACUUGCAAAGUUCCAGGGCAAUAUUAAUCCCAGAGCGUGGCUGGCGGCUGUGGCGGUGCUAUCCGAAAGCAACCGGAGCCCCUAUAACCUCGUAGCUUAAUGUUUUGAAUCUCGCCCUCCCAUUCAACUCCCAUUCACGUCUAAUUCACGUCAGCGCAGAACAGAAGUGUCCCGAAGUUGAAGAAGAUAAGAUGGAUAUGAGGGUUCAAAUCCAUCGAACCAACACCCACGCUCAUUACCAACGGAAACAAGCCGAUACGUCGACGAAUUUAUCUCAGCCAUACAUAGCUUGGCAAUCUCGCUCGCUUCUAGCCAAUCACACACUCGUUACCCUCUGUCCCGUCCGGGGGCUCCGCGAUGUUCAAAGGGCUUGACUAUGGCUUGCGAUGUGUACGUUGGAACCGCCUCCGUGGACGAGCUCAGGCGUUCCCGGUAGUGACGCAAGCGUCGCAGACGAGUAAAAGAGUAGUAUAUUCUUCUGGAAGGCGCCCAAGAGCAGCUGAGGAGGGCGAAGAGGGUUGUCUUUAUGCUAGCCUUGCUAACGAUGGCAAGAGGAUGGUAUCGCUGAAGAUGAUAUUAGUAAUGUUCGUUCCCGCUUCAAAAUGGCUCUCUUUGAAAGCGCAUACGCCUGCAGCUCCGGCCGUCCUACAGCCAAGCAGCGUUUCCAUGUCGGCAGACCGUGACGCGUUCAAGCGACCAGAUAACUUGACAUCACGGAGUGGAACAACUCUCGGGUUUGUGUGCCCUCGCACCCCUCUUCGUCUGUCCCUCGGGUUAUGGGCGGAGCGUGGCCGCGUCGGCGCGGGCGCCCUUACGCCGAGCUGUCGCACAGCAGCAUACACAGUUAAGUUUCAAACGGACAAGCGUUGGGUACCGAUGUUGGACCAAACGGGAGCAGGCGGUAACGCGCAGUACUGGCAACCUCGUCUGGAUAGGGUCUAGCGAAUAAAAGCGU